GCAGAAACGAAUCAACGGCAAAGUGCUGAAGUUGAAGUUGACAGUGCCCAAAUCCUCCAAGCCUGCGGCACAGCAUGGAAUUGAUGCCGCUCUUGAUCUGCAGUCGGAAGACAGGACUGCAGCUCCGGCCCCAAGCACAGCUACUGUGGACACUGCCCAGCCUCCGGUUUCAAUGCCCGAUCAGAAGGAGGACCCCUUCCCUUGGCUUUGGAAAGGAAAGGCCAAAGGAAAGGCCAAAGGAAAGGGCAAGAAAGGCAAACACAUGAAGGGCCACAGCCAAAGCGCAAUUCCUGAAAGCCAAGCAGAAGAAAGUGCCCAUGGGUCGCCUCCCAACAACCAGUGUCAGGAGCCCUCUGCCAGCUCGAUGAAGCAGGAGACUUGUGGCAAUGCAGCUGGCCCGGGAGUUUGCGGACAUCGCGGUGGUGCAUGGAGACUCUUGUGUACACUGCGUGUGCUUCUGGAAGUGGGACUGCUGACACCGACACUCUUUGCCUCCUUGGCAGUGCACUGGCUUCCGUUCCUGAUCAAGCGCGUAGCUGCGAAGGUCGAUAAGAUCAACCGAAUGGCCGCAGAAGGUCUUGACCCAACACUGGAAAAGAUGCUAAAGAUCAUCCAGGAACAGGCUGCAGCCACUCCGGGACUGGAGCAGCAUUCCACCGCGCUUGCUCAGGCAUUGAGUGCCAACACUGGCGAGAGGCACCUGGGUGAAGCCCUGCUUGAACUGCUGCAAGCCCUGAACGGACUUGACGUCGAGGUGCAGACCCAGUUCUGCGAAAGCUUGGCUUCUGCUUUGCUGCCCUGUUUGGAGGAGCCGCACUGUUGGUGGAAAACGUGGAAAGGCAAAGGCUGCGGAAAGGGCAAGAAAGGCAAACACAUGUGGAAGGGAUGCCACUUCCCCGAUCCGAGCCAAGCUGAGCCCGCUGCAGCUGAGGAGCCCGAAGGGCCUGAUUCAUCGCAGGAUGGGGCAAAUUCGACUUGUCCGAGAGCCUGUCGUGCGGGCCAGCGUCGGGCUCCAUGGAGACUGCUGUGCACACUACGCGUUCUGAGAGAAGUGGGACUGCUGACACCGACACUCUUUGCCUCCUUGGCAGUGCACUGGCUUCCGUUCCUGAUCAAGCGCGUAGCUGCGAAGGUCGAUAAGAUCAACCGAAUGGCCGCAGAAGGUCUUGACCCAACACUGGAAAAGAUGCUAAAGAUCAUCCAGGAACAGGCUGCAGCCACUCCGGGACUGGAGCAGCAUUCCACCGCGCUUGCUCAGGCAUUGAGUGCCAACACUGGCGAGAGGCACCUGGGUGAAGCCCUGCUUGAACUGCUGCAAGCCCUGAAUGGACUUGACGUCGAGGUGCAGACCCAGUUCUGCGAAAGCUUAGCUUCCGCUUUGCUGCCCUGUCUGGAGGACACCUGCCCAGAUGGAUUUGGUCCAGGUGUCUGGGGUGUCGGUGACCAUAGGGGUGCUCCAUGGAGACUCUUGUGCACCUUGAAUGUACUUCCAGAAGUGGGUCUCCUGACUCCGGCUCUGUUUGCAACGCUGGCAGAGCAUUGGCUUCCGUUCCUGAUCAAUGGUGCAGCCGCCAAGCUUGAUGAGAUCAACCAGCUGGCCAGAGAUGGACUCGAUGCUGCAAUCGAAAAAGUGUUGAACCUCAUCCAGGAGCAGGCGGCCACCACUCCAGGCUUGGAACAGAGUUCUACCAUACUUGCUGAGGCAUUGGGUGCCGACCAUGGAGAGAGGCGCCUGGGUGAAGCUUUGCUCGAACUGCUGCUGGCCCUCAAUGGACUUAGCUUCGAGGUGAAGACCCAGUUCUGCCAAAGCCUGGUCUCUGCCUUGCUGCCCUGCCUGGAGGACCUGAGCCUUUGUUCAAAAGGCAAGGGUGGUGGAAAAGGCAAAAAGGGCAAGGGCAAGUGCAAGCACAUGUGGAAGGGCUGCCGCUUCCACGCCCCUACCCAAAGCCAAGAAGAGCCAGCAACUGCAGCGCCUGCAGCCACUGAGCAGCUUGAGGUGCCGAAUCUGACAGUUGAAGUGGAGGAGGGCACAACCACGUGUCAGCCGGAAAAGGCAGCAGAGCCAGCUACUGCCGUACCUACCAAUGAGCCCGAUGUCCCAAGUCCGAACGUUGAAGCAGAGGACACCUGGCCCAACGGAACUGGAGCAGAGUGGUGGGCUGGAUUUCAUGGUGGCCAUGGCGGUCAUGGCGGUCACGGCCCGCGGAAACUGUUGUCCACUUUGAGUACUCUGAGAGAUGUUGGAUUGCUGAUGCCUGCAAUGUUUGCCUCCUUGGUCGUGCAUUGGCUUCCCUUCCUGACUCAUUUUGUGGAAGGAAAAGUUGACAAGAUCAACCGCAUGGGAGCAGAAGGGCUGGACCCCACAAUCCAAAAGAUGCUGCAGAUCAUUCAGGAACAGGCUGCAGCCACUGCUGGCUUGGAACAGCACUCCGCCUUGAUCGCCGAGGCAUUGAGUGGUGACAAUGGUCAGAGGCGAUUGGGUGAAGCCGCACUUGAGAUGCUGCGAACCCUGAGUGCGCUUGACAUCGAGGUUCAGACCCGCUUCCUUGAAAGCGUCGCAUCUGCCUUGCUGCCUUGUUUGGAGGACCUUCAGACUCAGCCGACUUGGCCCACUUGGCAGACUUGGCCCGCUUGGCCAACUUGGCCCACUUGGCCGAUGUGGAAGGGAAAGGGCAAAGGAAAGGGAAAGAAGGGCAAACAGAUGUGGAAGGGCUGCCACGCCCAUCACGCCCAUCACCCUCAUCACGCCCACGCUGGAAGCCAAGCAGCAGAGCCUGCCCCUCCAGCGCCCUCUGACGACGAGUUUGAGAAGAAAGUCGCGACGUUGCUUGAGCUCCAGAUCGCCACUGAAGAGGUCAUUCGCGACCUUCUGAUGGCUCACAACGGCGAUGUGACUCAAGUCACUGAGCUGCUGACUUCUUGA